AUGUCGAUAUCGCUCAAUGACAAAAUUCUCAAUACCAUCAGACCGAAUGAAUGGCGGUACGCCUUGCUCGGCAACGAGAACUCAUAUGAUGGGCAGCCGACCGCCUCGAAACGUCGCAGGAUGGCGAAGAUAGCAGCCCUCUUCAUUCCCUUCUGGCUUCUUCUGCUUUAUCUUAACUUUCAUCGGCCAAAGGUCUCAUCGAACGUAUUAUCAACUUCAUCCCCUGGCGCCCUUGUCAGUUCGACUUUUCUUCACUUUUUAAUCCCCGCUUCAUCAGGCUCUGUUCCCUUUUGCAGGACUCUUUUCUCGGCCGGCGCUCUCAAUUAUCCCACACCACGCAUCAUCAAUUGGGAUAAGAAAUUCGACGAUCCCAAUAAGCGAGAUGGCGGCUACCAUCUCGCCAAGAUCAAUGGUGUACUCGACUUUCUCAAAAAGCUCGGUGGUGGCAGUGACCACGAAUUAGCCCUGAUCGUCGACGGCCAGGACACCUGGUUUCAGCUGCGCCCCGAAGUUCUCCUGGAGAGGUAUCACGCGAUCAACCAACAAGCACGCAAGCGGGUUUGGCCUAGGUAUGGCCUCAAGUACGAACAGCACGUCAUCUUUUCUGCACAGAAAAACUGCGACGGGAAUCCAACCAAAUGGAGCUGUACUGCCGUUCCACCUUCCAUCCUUCCAGCCGAUAUCUACGGUCCAGGCACAGACAUGCCUGGUGAUAACUUGAUGAACCCUUGGCAGAACUACAGACCACGCUUUCUGAACACCGCUUCCAUUAUCGGCCCGGUGGGUGCACUGAAGCCACUCUUCGAGUAUGCGAAAUGGAAGAUUGACAAUGGGAACUUCAGCGACGACCAGGAAAUCUUUUGCGAAAUCUUUGGCGAGCAAGAAUUUCGCCGUGAGAUGGUGCUUGCCAACAGUGACAGAAGUCCCGAUGAUAAGAACGACCCACGCAAUGGCAUUUCCAAUGGUACAAUGAUCGAUUUGGCGUGCGACGAGUGCCAAUUUGGUAUUGGCCUUGACUACCGUAACGAGCUUACUAUGCCUACCAUCUACGCCGAACCGAGCCUGGAAUAUACAAAAUUCGAAGGUCGCAACCAAAAGCUCGACCCGAUCAUCAAGCGUUCCACUCCACCUUACUGGACUCCUGAUUACAGCGGCGAAACGAGAUUGCCAGAGAAAUCCUGGUCCGAGGUCGCCCUACACACAAAUUACCAUACUGGCGUCACACCUGCUGCCACUCACCAUCAACCGGGCACAAACGUCUCCUCAUCCGACUGGAUCCGGCAAUGGUAUCAGCCUCAUCUUCGUGCUCUGGUAUCUGGACAUGCAAAAUCGUUUCGCAUCCCCUUCGCUGUCAUCGCCGUCAACGGCAAGACGCAAGAGUACUGGGGCCCCAACGAUGGCUAUGGCGGCGUGCGGCUGCACGACACGAAUGGAAUGCCCGGACAUUGGCGGCAAUGGGAUGAACUUUGUGGCGGAGAAGAGGUCGGCCAACAAGUUUUCGCUGACGGCAAAGGAAGAUACAGGUGUCCCGUGUAUUUUCUGUACUGGAACGCCGAGCACGCGCAGCAUCAACUCGACACCUAUGACGAGAUGAAAGCCGAGGAACAGAGGCAAGAAGAAGUCGAGCUUCGCGCCGGCUUCAUCCCCCCAACAUGA